AUGGUGCGCCUGGCCGCCGAGCUGCUGCUGCUGCUGGGGCUGCUGCUGCUCACGCUGCACAUCACCGUCCUGCGCGCCGCAGACCCGCCCGACGCAGCCGCGGCCAACGCCAGCGGGACCCAGCUGCAGAAUUCACCUUUGUUAGAAGCAAGAAAGCUCAUUCCAUGCAACUGUGGAAAAGAAGGUGAAGUAUUCAGCUGGGAGUGUGGCUACUUGGUGGGAUACUACACUCCAAUGGCUUCAAUGAAUCAGGAGAAUAAUCUCAACCUGGAGAGUGACUCGACAUCAGAAACCAGCUUUCCUCUGUCCAGAGAAGCACCGGGAGAACACCAGGCUGCCCACCAACCCUUCCCCAGACAACAAUUCCCCCAAGAGACUGGACACCCUUCACUGCAAAGAGAUGGCCCCAGAUCCUUUCUCUUUGACCUUCCAAACUUUCCAGAUCUUUCAAAAGCUGAUAUCAAUGGGCAGAAUCCAAAUAUCCAGGUCACCAUAGAGGUGGUCGACGGCCCUGACUCUGAAGCAGAUAAAGAUCAGCAUCCGGAGAAUAAGCCCAGCUGGUCAGUCCCAUCCCCCGACUGGCGGGCCUGGUGGCAGAGGUCCUUGUCCUUGGCAAGGGCAAACAGCGGGGACCAGGACUACAAGUAUGACAGUACCUCAGAUGACAGCAACUUCCUCAACCCCCCCAGGGAAUGGGACCAUCCAGCCCCAGGCCACCGGACUUUUGAAACCAAAGAGCAGCCAGAAUAUGAUUCCACAGAUGGUGAGGGUGACUGGAGUCUCUGGUCUGUCUGCAGUGUUACCUGUGGAAAUGGCAACCAGAAACGGACACGGUCUUGUGGCUAUGCAUGUACUGCAACUGAAUCUAGGACCUGUGAUCGUCCAAACUGCCCAGGAAUUGAAGACACUUUCAGGACAGCUGCCACCGAAGUGAGUCUGCUUGCGGGAAGUGAAGAGUUUAACGCCACCAAGUUGUUUGAAGUUGACAUGGACAGUUGUGAGCGGUGGAUGAGCUGCAAAAGUGAAUUCUUAAAGAAAUACAUGCACAAAGUGGUCCAUGACCUGCCCAGCUGCCCCUGCUCCUAUCCCACAGAGGUGGCCUACAGCACAGCUGACAUCUUUGACCGCAUCAAGCGCAAAGACUUCCGCUGGAGAGAUGCCAGUGGGCCCAAGGAGAAGCUGGAGAUCUACAAGCCCACUGCCCGGUACUGCAUCCGCUCCAUGCUAUCCCUGGAAAGCACCACACUGGCAGCCCAGCACUGUUGCUAUGGUGACAACAUGCAACUCAUCACCAGGGGCAAAGGUGCAGGGACACCCAACCUCAUCAGCACUGAGUUCUCAGCUGAGCUCCACUACAAAGUUGAUGUACUGCCCUGGAUCAUCUGCAAGGGUGACUGGAGCAGGUAUAAUGAGGCCCGUCCUCCCAACAAUGGACAGAAGUGCGCAGAGAGCCCUUCCGAAGAGGAUUACAUUAAACAGUUCCAAGAGGCCAGGGAGUACUAAAGAGACAGGGCUGAGGUGGAGAGGUGCCACUUCUGGUUUGACGACACAUAUGGGCCUCAAACUGACCUGCCAACUGUUUCCCAAUUUUCUUCAUCUGCACCUGUUUAUAUUUGUAUAUACAACAUGAGUAUUUUUAUAAAGUACACUAAGGGUAUGCAUCAGGCCCAGGGAGACCUACAUAUCCAGUGCCUACAAACCUUCAUGGAAGUCUUCCUAGGGGCCACAUGGACAGGAGGAGGGAGACAACGGAGAGGCCAGAAGAGGAACCUGGAAGCCAUAGAGGGUAUGAAUGAGUUCAAACCACCAUCCAGUGUUCCCAAGAGAAGCAAAGGAACACAGAGACUGAGGUUGUAAACAUUAUAAGCAGUUUUUACAUAUAACUUAUUUAAUACAAAUGUGACUUAAGCUUAACCUUUUCUCUGGAGUUGUCCUUGUUAAACUAGGUAAUCACUUCUGAAAGAGUUCAGAAAGAAAGGGGCUUAGGGCAAUGGAAGAGAAAGGGAAUUUUGCAAUGAUUUCCUUUAAAAUAAUACAGUGGAAAUGUAUAACCUUCCAAAACAACCCAACUUAAAUCAGAUGUUUAGUCAUAGGGUAACUUGCUGGAUUCUCAGAUUCCAAAAUUAUCCUGCCUUAUACUAGACAAGGGUAUGGAGAUAAGUGAAUAUUUUUAGGGCAAAUCUGAGGCCUGGUUUUAAAUAAGCUUUAAAAUGAAAGACCAAUCAAAGUAGCAUAAACUGUGACUCUACUGAAAGGCCCCCAACAGUAGUAUUUCUGCUCCUUUCUUCAUAGAGUUAGUAGAUCACAGAAAGUUCAGGCUUAUCAACAAAGAACAGCACUUUUCCAAAGGAAAAAAGAAAGUAAAACAAAUGGGCCUCAUCUCAUCUGUUUUAUUUUAAUAUAAUUUUUUCCAUAUUUUUCCAGUAAAUAAAUAUAAAAGAGGAGUAGGGAAUAAAGUCUUUGAAAUCUUAAUUUUUUAUGUUUUAAGGAAGAAGAAAUCUGCAUUAUUUUUGUAAAGUAUUUAUUGAGUCAUUGGGCCAUGUGCAUCAAGUAAUUGUUAGAUGACCCAGUUCUGUAGGGUAGAACUUUGGGACAAAUAAAGAGUUGAUUCUUACAUGAUCUUUAACUUGCAGAACUCCAGAAAAAGAGAAUAUAUAAUAAAAUCAUAAUAAAACGCAUGACCGGCAUCCUUGAUUUAUGGCACUCAUAUCAUCAGCAGCCCUGGUGAAGCAAGGCUCAGAGGCAUGGGGGAGAAAGCUUCAACCCAGCUGGGCAUAAAAGGCUCGUCAAUGAGUACAGUAGUUACAGGAAUAUCAGAGCACCAUUGGUAGCAAGGGCAUCACCCCAAACCCUAAGCAACUGAAGCCAAUCAACACACAUAUGACUUUUUGCUCUCUCAGAACCAAGAAAAGCCAGCCAGAGCAAAGCUGUAUGACAAAUGAGCAAGGCCACUUCGAGACAAAAUUCUGGAACUAGAAUAGAACUAGAGUAGAACUAGUAGCAUGCAAAUUACUCCUCCAGACAGAAAGCCAAACUCCAAAGUGCAUGAACUGCAUUGGGCCUGCCUUGCAUGUCAUAGUCCAGUGCACUUUCUACCAUAGCAUGUCCUUAUAUUCUUGGUCACCUCGGGACUCUUGAUCCCACACUUAAGUUUUCUGAUAAAACCCUGUUCUUGGACUAGGAGAUUGCUUAACAGUUAAAGGUGCUUGCUUGCAAAGCCAGUUGUCCCAGACAGGAUACAAAAAGUGACACUUGUGUCUGGCAUUCAUUUGACUUUGGUGGGCUCAUGAAUACACACACAUCAAUAAAUAUAAAAAAUUAAAAUCCUAUUCUUGUGGAAAAGCUCUUGU